AUGCCACGUUAUCAAGCAGAGUUAGAAACAUGGUACUUGGGUCCUCACGAAAAUGUUCUUUUGAUCAGAAAAUUAACGGUAGAUCUUAUUAUAAAGCCAAUAUUGACUGAGUUGACUCCACUGAAUCUCGAUGACUUCCUGACCAGUUUCCGAGUAUCAUACCCUUAUUUUCAAGAUGCAUCGACGAUGAGGUUCGCAUUAGGUUUAACUCUGCCCUGCCCUGAUGCGAAGUUUAAAUAUCCACUAUACCUUGUCUCUGCUAGGAGACUCCAGGGCCCAUGCUCCACCGAUUUCCACAAGAUCACGUUUAGAGGAUGA